CAUAGAGAGAACAAGUGUAUCCAAAUUAAGUGGAGAUAUGGCUGCCAAUGGAGUGAUGAUGGAGGAUGAAGAAAGCAUCAUUGGUGGAAGCAAAGUCCAACCAUUUGCUUCUACACCCAAGCCACAUGAAUUGAGAGCUGAGAGAGGGAGGAAUAAGAAGGAAAAUGCCAAUACAAUUGCCAAGAUUGUGCGUUUGGAAGAGCUGUUCUCCUUGGAGGUGUGGAGAGCAUCUGUGGCAGAGCUAGUUGGGUCAGCAGUGCUUGUUUUUGCAAUAGACACCAUAGUGAUCUCCUCCUUUGAGACCCAGACAAAAACACCAAACCUCAUAAUGUCAACCCUAAUCGCCAUCACCUUGGCAAUCCUGCUUAUUGCCACGAUUCCCGUCUCUGGUGGCAACAUUAACCCUGCUGUCACUCUAGCAGCAGCCUUAACGGGCCUCAUUUCUCUUUCACGGGCCUUCAUAUAUAUUUUGGCCCAAUGUGCUGGGGCCAUACUGGGAGCCCUAGCACUAAAAGCCGUUGUGGACAGCAAAAUUGAACAAACCUUUUCACUUGGAGGCUGCACCCUCAAUAUUAUUGCACCAGGCCCAAAUGGGCCCAUCACGGUUGGGCUCGAGACCGGCCAGGCCCUUUGGCUUGAGAUAAUCUGUACAUUUGUGUUCUUGUUUGCUGGAAUAUGGGUUGCGUUUGAUAAGCGUGAAGCCGAAUCCAUGGGCCGGUUUAUUAUUUGCUCAGUGGUUGGACUGGUAGUGGGCCUACUUGUGUUUAUUUCAACUACAGUAACGGCCCAAAAGGGCUAUGCAGGGGUAGGAAUGAACCCAGCAAGAUGUAUUGGACCUGCAAUUGUGAGAGGGGGCCACCUGUGGAAUGGGCACUGGGUAUUCUGGGCUGGGCCUGCUAUUGCUUGUGUUGCAUACAGCCUGUACACAAAAGCAAUCCCACAAAGGCAAAGGCACUGAAUGGAGGAAAAAGUAAUAAGUGAAUUGUGAAUUAUGUUCUUUGUAUUGCUUUUUCAUUGGGACUUGUUUGGAAUGUGCUCACCAGUUGUCCAAAUAUAAACACUACUUUAUUUGUCUA